CUGUUAGUAUGCAAAUUGCCGACAAGAAGUUAGUCUUGUGCAUCUUGUGCAGGAAUGUGUUCGACUGCUUUUGAUAGGCCUGAAGGCAGUUCUCAAGUAGAGGAACAUUGGAAACAAGAACAAACACAUUCACCUCUCACAUCGUCCCUCGACAGUCGACACAACUUGUUUUUGAUUUAUGGGGUUUACGGGCGACAAAAUUUCGGAAAUUCGAAACGUUUUCAUGCCGGCUUUCCCAGGUAUGGAUGGUACAUAAAAAUUAUCAAAUUUAUAAUCCAGAGCGAGUCAUACAUAUCAGCGACAAGCAAAGAAAAAAAACAGGACGACAAACUAUCGGAUGUUUUAGGUUAAACACGGCACCUUGGCUGGGUAAAAAUGUCUUGGAGUCGCCAGAGAAUCGCAAAUGGAUCGGGACUUCCAUAAAAAUCAUUGACUGGAAAGCCAAGCGACCUGAAUGGACCACCCGUCCCCCGUCAAUAUUUUAUGUUAUGCUGAAUUGGAAAACAAUAAUCAAGAUGAUAUUCACGGUGCUAAGAAGGUUCCUCGGCUGGUGUGACGAGGGCUCGAGAAAGCGUCACGCUAGUGACGCCGACUUCACGGAUCACGAUCAUGUCAACCCAAAAAAACAACGUCGUGUCGAUUCAUCUCUGCACAAUCACAGAGACAUAAUCGAGAUCGAGGACGACCCGAACGACAUCCAGAUCUGCGAGGACUCGUUUCACUCUCUCCACAAUAACUCCUACAAUUCCAUAAGGAAGAGGAAUAGCUUGAUAAAUCGCCGAGGCGCAAAUUGUACGUCAUCGAGGAAAAAUCUCCACAUAAUGAACUCCUACCCCGUAAAGAGCAGGUUAAACUCAAAGUCGCAGAUGCCCCAGAGACUCUCAGUCCUGGAGAGGAUCAAUCAUCUUCGAGAUAAGGAGAACUACAGUCGUCUGCUCCAAGGUAGAAACCCAAGGAUUCAAUUGAUUCCAGCAACUCCAGAGAUUCGUCGACACCAGUCUCCAAUCGAGGUAAUCGAUAUCGAGAGUAUGGAGCCCUCGACGUCCUAUUCUACUGAGGUUUUUUCCACACCCCAGGUGAAAUUCCUCCCGAGUUCCUCUCGCUGUUGCACCCCAAUAUCUCGACUCCCUCGAACCUCAGAUGUUGUCCCGGGACGAUCCAUUGAGGUAGACGACUGUGACGACACACUUUCCCAAUCUUCCAAGUCUAAAUGUGAAAUGAAGAAACCCCUGAUUAAUCGUGAAUCCAUAGCAACAAACUCUCUACGUGACAGAUUAUCAGGUAAAGCUGUGAUGAAGGGGGACUUUAUCCCCAGAGUUGCUGAGAGGUAUAAUGAACGAAUUGAGAAGAGAUCGAAGGAGGCACAGGAGCUUGAGAGGAUGAAGAGUAUUCUGUCAAAGCACAAUCGUCUUCAACGUGAGGUUGCCCUUGAGGAGCAACUGGCACGUUCCAUGAGACUUUAUGAAGCUGUCCUAGAGGAACAAGAGGAUGAGGAACAGCUUCCAGAGUUGUCUUCAGAGAUGAUGAGUGAUGUGCAGCGAGCACUAGUACCUCGGCCAUCUGAAGACGUUCUCGCUGAGGGAUUUGGAUUGAGAAUAACUCGAAAGGAUAUCCACACCCUGUCCGGCCUCAAUUGGCUGAACGAUGAGGUCAUCAAUUUCUAUAUGAAUUUACUCAUCGAGAGGGGCAAGGAGGAGAAGUAUCCCAAUGUAUACGCUAUGAAUACUUUUUUCUAUCCAAAAUUACUGUCUGGGGGACAUGCUGUUCUCAAACGAUGGACCAGGAAGGUAGAUAUUUUUGCACAGGACAUUAUUGUAGUGCCUGUUCAUUUGCAGAUGCACUGGUGUAUGUCCAUUAUCGAUUUUCGAGACAGUUCCAUUAGAUACUAUGAUUCCAUGGGUGGAGAGAAUCACAAGUGCCUCAGGGCACUCCGGAAAUAUCUCGAGAACGAGAGCCUCGACAAGAAGAAGAAGAGUUUCGAUACCAGUGAGUGGACUGUUGAGUGUAUGAGUGACAUUCCACAGCAGAUGAAUGGCAGCGAUUGUGGAGUAUUUUCUUGUACUUUUGCAGAAUUUAUCUGUGCUAAUAGAAGGAUUACUUUCACUCAGGAUGAUAUGCCCUAUUUCAGACACAAAAUGGUUUAUGAGAUAUUGAAACGCAAACUUUUGUAGAUACGAACAUUCGGGGAAUUCAGGAUUUCAACAAUUCUGAAUUUUGAGAUGGGCGGAAUUCGCGAUUCACUUCUCUGUUGAAGUCCAGGGAAAUUCUCGGGGAAGUCUGUGAGGCUUCACAUCAGGGAAAUUUUUUCAAUUUAAUUUCUUGAAGAAAGCAUUGAGUGUGUCUAGAUAAUUUUUUCAUAUGCAUCGUGACUGCAUUUUCAUUUUCAUAUUUUGCAGAUUGAGUCAAUUGGGGGAUUUCAUUCAUUUGUCGAUCGUUUUUUUGGAAUUCAAGGAAGCACCGGGGCUUCUGGUGCAUUCAUUAACGUGUUAACAUUAUUUUAUUGAGCAAUUAAUUACGCUUUCUUAAACGAAUUCUUUCAAAUUCGGUAAAAAAAAACUGUGAACCUCAAAUCAUGUAAUUUUAUUUAAUAGAAAUUCUUGGAAAAAGGGUUGUAUAAUUCUGUAUACUAUUUUGAUAUGCGUCAUGACUGAAUUUUCAUAAAUCAGAGUUUGAAAAAAAUUAUCAUAUAAUUUAUAAAGAUUUUUCAUUUUGUGAAUAGAAUUGGUUUUGUCGACUAAUGUUUGAAAUCCAGGAUUCUGAAUUGAGGUACUGCAAUCCAGGACUUUCAAUACUUCUGUAAACGAGUCAAAUACAAAAGACUUCUGGAGAUUAUAAAUAAACGAAUUUGUAGCUUUCUGGAUUAUCUCGAGUUGAUUAAUCGGUUUUAUUUAACGUCCCACGACUUCUCGGGGGUGUUGAGUUUACAUGAAAAUAUCUCAGUGUAGACACAAACAUCAAAAUGUAAUUUAUCAGUUUUUCAGUAAGAAUCGAGCAUUACGCAAUGCAUUUCCCUUACGUUUACAAUCGUUUUGCAGUAAAAAUACCACAAUUUAUGAUUAAAAAGUUUCGUUUGGUUUCCAGGGAGGAAUUUAUUUGAUAUGAUACCAUAGGCAAGCGUAAUAAAGAAAACGAUUCUAAGCGAUGAAAUUGUGUCAGGGUAAUUACAGCAUUGCGCCAUGCGCUCUUGGAAAUUCAUCUGGACGGUUUGUUUCGAUAGAAACAUUUAACAAUAACUAAAGUGUCUAUCAACAUAGAACUUUGUAAUGAUGAUAAUUGGAUAAAUCAAUUGAAUAAAAAAAUUAAAAAUAUGAAUUUUCAUGAUUUUAAUACAAUAAUUAUAAUAUAUAAGCGAAUAUACUUAGAUCUGAUACAAUAUUUCUAUACAUAUCUCUUGUACACUGAUUUAUCAUUUAUCGUUAACACAGGUUACCUAAAUAAUUGCUCUCGGCCUGAUCGUUUUUUUUUAUUAACAGACGCAUUGUCACAUUAUACAUUUCGAGUUAGUGUCAUUGAGCUGCUCUUAAU